AUGAAGCAGAAAAGAGCAAAGCAGUACCGCAAACAGAUCCACCAGUAUAUCUCGACGUUCAAGUUCAAGCCGCCUAUACAGUGCAUAGUUGAUGACAACGUGAUCUUGGAGUGUGAAAGAACCAAGUUCGAUGUGAUUAAGGCGAUUUCCAGGACCGUCCAGACAGAGGUGAAGCUCAUGAUCACCCAGUGCUGCAUAAACCAUUUGUAUGAGACGCGCAACCAGCCGGCAAUCGACAUUGCUAAAAAAAUGGAGAAGCGGCGCUGUAACCACAAGGAAACACAGAGCAGCAAGGACUGCAUAGGCUCGAUCGUUAACAUAGAUGGCAAGAACAAGCACAGAUAUUUGGUGGUAACUCAGGACGACCGGCUGCGCCAGUCUUUGAGAACUGUGCCUGGAGUUCCUCUAAUUUACAUGAAGCGAUCAGUGAUGAUCAUGGAGCCGAUGUCGCCUGUUUCUGAGCGGGUGGUCCAGGAGACAGAGGCGAGAAAAUUAACGAGCUACUUGAACGAUCCGCGUGCGGGAGUGCAGGAGCAAGAUGGAGCAGAGAUAGAGGAGCAGGGUCCAGCCAAGAAGAAACGAAAGGGUCCCAAGGGGCCGAAUCCUCUAAGUGUGAAAAAACCAAAGAAACAAGAGGAGCCAGAAAAAGGAGGCAGCAAACGGAAAAGAAAGCGGGCCCACAAACGAGGUAGCAAGACACACGAAUCUUCUGAAAUUGGGAAGUCGGACGAAAAGGAAAACGUGGAACUCUUGCACUCUGAGAAACCCAAAGAGAACGACGUUGAAUAG